UUUCGACGUAUCUAUUUAAUCACAAACUGUUGUCGCACUUAUUUUGAUGCUUCCGGUUAUGACGCACUUAAAAAGAAACGUCAUCAGAUGUUAGGUGGGGAGCGCCAUGGCGGCCAUUUUGACACACCACUGAGGACGUUCACUUGACCACGCGCCGUCGCCCAAGCAACACUGGUAUACAGAAGUGGGAUACCGUACAUAUUACGCUCGCAAACAUGCCGCGCGAUCGCAAACGAAGAUCAAGAAGGACGACCUCAACGAGUUCAAGUUCGUGUACCUCCAGCUCGAGCAGCAGUAGCAGUGCCAGUGACCAGAGGCGCAAGAAGCGACGCCGCCGCAAGGAUUCGCAAACCGUGAGUCAAAGUGCUGUAUUAUCGUCAGUGAUUCCCGAAUUCGACCCACUUGUAGAUAGCGUAGAUAUGUGGAUUAAUGUGGUUGAGGCAAAUUCACGUGCGUUUGGAUGGUCCGAUAAUAUGAUUAAGUAUCAGGCGCUUCAAAAAUUACGUAAUACCGCAAAAACUUGGCUUGACGCUUUACAAAAAAAUGAAACUAGGUGGACCACGUGGAAGUGGAAGCAAUGGCGCAAUACGUUGUCAGAUACGUUUCAAGUGAGAAGUGAUAUGUUUAGAUCUCUUAAAGAACUAAUUGAUACGAAACCUUCAGCUAAUCAGUCGUUAUACGAUUUCUAUUUUAAACAAAAAUCGAAAAUAGAUCGCUUGCAGUUAGGUUUUCGGGAACGCGAUGUAAUAUCCAUAAUAGUAGGCUCAAUAGGCGAUAAAAAUAUUAGUAUAGCCGCCGAAGCUGGUAAUUUUAGGUAUUGCGACGAUUUGGCCUCAUUUCUUCACGGCAAAAUUUAUUUACCUAGUAAUGAAGUCCCUUCUAAGAACGCGUUACCACCAAAACAUCUUUCUCGAUCGUUACAACCCGGGCAACAAAAUGCAUCAAAUAAAUCCGACGUUAAAGUUGAACCUUCUGUGAAUAAUAACAGUGCGCCAAAUCAUACUUGCUACCGAUGUGGGGAGGUAGGUCAUAGAAGGAAUAAUUGUACCGUCAAAGAUGAUGUGAGAUGUACCUUCUGCAAGAAGUUAGGCCAUUUAGAGGCAGCCUGCCACGCAAAGUCGAAGACUAAAGUCGAGAAAAAUGUUGAAGUGAAAAUGAUUUCCGAUCCAAAAAUGAAACAAAAAUUUUACAAAACCGUUUUAAUAAAUAAUGAGGAAUGUACUGCAUUUUUUGAUAUGGGUAGUGAUUGCUCUUUAAUUACAUCAGCGUUAGCAAACCAAUUUAAGUUACAACCUUUUCCUUUGAAUAAUUCUAUUACUUUAGUCGGAUUUACUAAUGAUUUUUCUGCCACGGUAACUAAUGCGGUCUCAGCUAAUCUUAAAGUCGAUUCCGUGGAAUUAAUUAUCACGUUAUACAUUAUUGACGUUCUGUCCGGCUGUGACAUUCUGAUAGGGAGAAAUUUUACUGAAGAUAAAAAUAUAAUGUAUGUUCGUAUAGGAGAAACCUUAACUUUUCAAUCUGUCCAAUCAUUGAGUGUGUGCAAUAUUGAGUUUGCUAAUAAUGUACCCCGUGAGUACCAAUCAACGUUAAAUAAUAUACUUUCAAAAUACCCUCAAUCUUUUUCUCAGGAUUUAUCAAGUUUAGGAAAAACUUCUUGUGUAGAAUUAGAUAUACAAUUAACGUCUAAUAAACCUAUUUAUCAACGGCCGUAUAGGAUGUCUGAGUCGGAAAGGGCUAUUACACGUGAAUUGAUAGAUGAUCUUAUGAAAAAUGGGAUUAUUCAAAAUAGUAAUUCUGCUUAUGCUAGCCCAGCUCUAUUAGUCUACAAAGCAUCUGGGGCUAAAAGAUUAUGCAUAGAUUAUAGGCAGUUAAAUAAAAUCACGGUUAAAGAAAAAUACCCAAUGCCUAUGAUUGAGGACCUCAUUGAUAGAUUGCAGGGGUGUAAAUUCUAUACUUCUUUGGAUCUCAAAAGUGGCUACCAUCAAAUCAGUAUUAAGUCUGAAGACGUGCACAAAACUGCGUUCAUUACGAGUGAUGGCCAUUUCGAAUUUUUGAGAAUGCCUUUUGGCUUAUGUAAUGGACCAGCUGUCUUCCAGAGACUAAUGAAUACAGUUUUGGGCAAUCUACGUUUUGGAAGGGUAAUAUGUUACAUGGAUGACAUUCUUAUUGCUACGAAAACUAUAGAAGAAAAUAUAAUUUGUUUAGAAAAUGUUUUAGAUCUUCCACAUUGGACCAAAACGCUGUUCGAGGACGAACGCGUGAGCAGGAUAGCCGGAUGUUGUCGCACUUAUUUUGAUGCUUCCGGUUAUGACGCACUUAAAAAGAAACGUCAUCAGAUGUUAGGUGGGGAGCGCCAUGGCGGCCAUUUUGACACACCACUGAGGACGUUCACUUGA